AUGGCGGCCGCCGCCGGUCCUCGGCCAUUUCCGCCGCCGCGCCGGAAACACCCGACACGCCCCCCCCGCGCCGCUUCGGCUCUUCCCGGAGAGGUUCGGCUGGCGGCCGUCACAGACUUCGAGUAUUUCCGCCGCCGGGACGGAGUUACCCGAAGUUUCCUUCGGUACUUUCCGCCGAGAGCCGCGGGAAGAGCCGAGCGCCGCCCGCGCUGCUGCGACCCCGAGUGGAGCCGGAAAUUCCCGAGUGAGGCCGAAACACCCGAGUGGAUGCGGAAAUACCCGAAAACCUCUUGGCAGGCUUCGGGCCCUUUCGCCCCCCCUUCCCCGCGGGGGCCGCGCCGGCGCUGGGAGCCCCGGGAGCCCCAGAGCCCCCGAGAGCAGCCCCGGGAACCCCAGAAACCCCGGGAGCAGCCCCGGGAGCAGCCCCGGGACUCACGGGCGUCGCGGCCGGGCCGGAGCCGUGUGCCGGGCCGGGACCACCGCCGGUACUACCACGAGCGCUGGCGCGCCGAGUACCUGAUGGAGUUCAACGCGGCGCGGCACGGGAUGCGCUGCCUGGUGUGCGGCUCCGCCCUGGCCACGCUCAAGCUCAGCACCAUCAAGCGCCACAUCCGCCAGAAACAUCCCUACUCCAGCGCCUGGGGGCCCCGCGAGAAGCAGCUGGUGCUGCGCUCCUGGGACGCCCACCUGGGACACCCCCCCCGCCCCGAGGGACCCCCCCGGCGGCGCCUGCGGGACAGGGCCCCCGUCCCCCGCCCGCCGCCGGGCCCGUCCCCCGUCCCCGAGGGCCACCAAGGGGUCCCCGGGGGGGUGGCGGUGGCGCGGGGCCCGGCCGGGGACUCGCUGCGGGGGUGGCUGCGGGCGGAGCUGCUGCUGGACCUGGAGGCCGGGGGCCACCGGCUGCGCUGCCUCCUGUGCGCCUGUCCCCUGCCCUCGCUGCACCUCGGGGACAUCCGGCGGCACGCGCUGGCCGCGCACCCCGACACCCUGCGGGGACAGCGGCGGCACGGCGGGGACACCCCCGGUGAGCGGGGACACGGGGGGACAAAGUGCCACCUGUGGGGACACCCCCGGUGAGCGGGGACACCCCCGGUGAGCGGGGACACGGGGGGACAAAGUGCCACCUAUGGGACACCCCCGGUGAGCAGGGACACGGGGGACAAAGUGCCACCUGCGGGGAUACCCCCGGUGAGCGGGGACACCCCCGGUGAGCAGGGACACGGGGGACGAAGUGCCACCUGCGGGGACACCCCCGGUGAGCGGGGACACGGGGGACAAAGUGCCACCUAUGGGACACCCCCGGUGAGCAGGGACACGGGGGACAAAGUGCCACCUGCGGGGACACCCCCGGUGAGCGGGGACA